AUGUCGUCAGCCUCAAAGACUAUCCUCGGCAAGGUCCGCAAGAUUGUCCCGCCAAUGCUAGAGAGAUUCCACAAGGGACAACUUGGCCGGGUUUGUGUUAUAGGGGGAAGCUCUGAUUACACCGGUGCCCCUUAUUUCUCUGCCAUGGCAUCGGCAAAACUAGGCUGUGAUAUGAGCCAUGUUAUUUGCGAGCCAUCUGCCGCACCAGUGAUCAAAACCUAUUCACCGAACUUGAUGGUUCAUCCCAUCCUUCAGAGUAGCUCAAGCGUACAAAAUGAUACCACUAACAAGAGCGUCUCCGACCAUGUCAAGCCAAUUGUUGACUUUUUACCCCGUCUUCACGUUCUUAUCAUCGGUCCAGGCCUUGGUCGAGACCCGUUAACUCAGAAGAUAACGGCCGGUGUGAUUAAAGAAGCAGUUAAGCAAAAUGUUGCUCUAGUCAUGGAUGCUGAUGCCUUGAUAGUGGUUCAAAACGAUCCAAAACUAGUAUACGGUUAUAAGGAAUGCAUAUUAACCCCAAAUGUAGUGGAAUUUGCUCGACUGAGCAAAUCAGUUGGUCUUGAACCCCCAUCAAGUGAGGGCAAGUCUGCAUCAGACAAAGAGAAAUCUACCUCCGAGGCAUGCGAGAAACUAUCUCAGGCACUGGGCGGUGUUUUAAUUAUUCAGAAGGGGCCUCACGACGUGAUUUCUAAUGGCGAUGUAUCCAUCAUAUCUGAUGUUGAAGGGGGGAAGAAACGAAGUGGUGGGCAAGGUGAUACACUGACAGGUUCUCUCGGAACUUUCAUGGCUUGGAGAAAAGCAUACCAUGAUGGUCUUUGGGAAAACGGGUCAGCUCCAAGCAGCCAUGAAGGUUCUGGGGAUGAUGCCGAAAUGAUUAAAAGGGAACUUUACGGUGAUAGCGAUAACGAUGGCAAGAGGAUGUCAACGAAGACUACAUUGCUACUGGCUGCUUGGGCCGGCAGCGCUAUUACACGAGAAUGCUCCAGGAGGGCGUUUCUGGCAAAAGGUCGAAGCAUGCAAGCUGGCGACUUGACUGAAGAGGUCCAUGGAAGUUUCAUGGAACUAAUUGGAGAGAGGCAAGAGGACGGCUCGAAGUUGUGA